AUGCAAGCAGCUUGCUUGUGGCUGGGCUCUAAAGUCCAGCUGCGAUUUGUGUCAGAGAAAGCACAGGUUCAGACAUCCGCUGAUGUUCUCAGUGGCUGUGUUGCAUCAGACUUGGAUGAGCAAGGGUUGGAGUGCUUUUACACCCACACUCAGCUGGUAGCUCAGGCUGAUGUUGCAUCUCUCUGCUGCUUCCCAUUGCAUGUGCUGUUUAUCUGCUUCGUCACUCAGCCUGCUAUCCAGAAACCCUGCAUUGGCUACAGCCUUGUCCCUGCCGUCCCUCUUCUCAGGUUGAAGCAACUGCUUUGCCGCAGUGCCAUCGUGAGGCCGCAGGACCAGCGCUCCGCCCGGAGCCCGAGUGCAGUGGGGAAAGUGACAGUCAACACUGAAUGGCUGGUGGUCAUUUUCUGUGCAGCCCUGAGCAGCAGCAUGUGUCAGAGCUUGCCUCACCAGAAGGCACUGAAAUGACUCCAUGACCUCUGUUUGCCUGAAUGCUGCCCCAUCUCUGCAGAAAAACCUCCUGACCGUGGCUUGUGUGAAAGUUCUGUCAGCAAAGGUUUUGCCUCUCCAGUGACUCAGAGGAGUAAAACCGUCCCCUGGCUUGACUUAACAGCUGCACAACUGAGCAAGUCUCCCUUUAGCCAGCUGCUAGAAAAGAGCGAGCUUGUCCAGUGCCAUGCUGGUUUACAAUACUAG